AUGCGAGCUACGGGAGGAGGCAGGGAGGGACGCGAGCGGCGCGCAGCGGCGGGCUGGGCGCUCGGAGGCCGUGGAGCCCCGCGCGGAGCCCAAAGUUUGCGCGUGGCCCCCGGGCGGCAGCGCGCGGGGGCCGGGACAGCCCUGCGCGCCGCCCUCGCCCCGCUGGACCCGCGCCGCCCCGGCCGCGCCGAGGGUCGCGGGCGGCCAGGCGGAGGCGGCCGGGAGCGGCGCUGCGGCAGCUUUGGAGUUGGGCACCAUGCUGAGCCCGAGGAGGGGGCUGCGGGGGGCGACGGCCCCGUGACCGUGACCGGCCGCCGCUUCUCACCUGGGUCCUCUCGGUCCAGCCAGGCGGCCACCAGACACCCAGAGCCCCAGAAAAACCCCGACAGCCGCCUGCAGCAGGAGGACCAGCAGUUGAGGACGUCGUCUCCGCCGGCCGUCCCUGACCCCUUCCCCGAGCUCUGCGGCCCCGGGAGCCCCACUGCGCUCACGCCGGGCUCCUUACCUCCUGGCCCGGCUGCUGCGAAGCAGGAUCUAGUCUUUAGCGAAGACGGGACGAGCAAAGUGGUGGAGAUUCUGGCGGACACGACAGCCAGGGACCUGUGCCAGUUGCUGGUUUACAGAAGUCACUGUGUGGACGACAACAGCUGGACUCUGGUGGAGCAUUACCCGCACCUGGGAUUAGAAAGGUGCUUGGAAGACCAUGAGCUUGUGGUCCAGGUAGAGAGCAGCAUGGCAAGUGAAAGUAAUUUUUUAUUCAGGAAGAAUUAUGCAAAAUACGAGUUUUUAAAAAAUCCCACGAAUUUCUUCCCAGAACAGAUGGUUACCUGGUGCCAGCAGUCAAACGGCAGUCAGACCCAGCUUUUGCAGAAUUUUAACUCCAGUAGUUGUCCUGAGAUUCAAGGGUUUUUGCACGUGAAGGAGCUGGGAAGGAAGUCGUGGAAGAAGCUGUACGUGUGUUUGCCGCGAUCCAGCCUCUAUUGCUCCACAAAGGGAGCUUCAAAGGAGCCCAGACACUUGCAGCUGCUGGCCGACCUGGAGGACAGCCGCAUCUUCUCCCUGAUGGCCGGAAGGAAGCAGUACGGUGCCUCCACGGACUACGGCUUCUGCAUAAAGCCAAACAGAGUCAGGAACGAAGCCAAGGAGCUGCAGUUGCUCUGUGCCGAGGACGAGCAGAGCCGGACGUGCUGGAUGACGGCCUUCAGGCUCCUCAAGUAUGUAAUGCUCCUUUACCAGAACUACAGAAUCCCUCAUCAGAGGAAGGCCGUGCUGUCCCCCUUCUCAACUCCAGUGCGCAGUGUCUCUGAGAACUCCCUUGUGGCCAUGGAUUUUUCUGGGCAAACGGGAAGAGUGAUCGAGAAUCCGGCUGAGGCUCAGAGUGCAGCCCUGGAAAAAGGCCACGCCUGGAGGAAGCGAAGCAAGCGGAUGAAUAUCCUCGAGAGCCAAAGCCCCCUCCACCCUUCCAGCCUAAGUACAGUGAUUCACAGGACGCAGCACUGGUUUCACGGCAGGAUCUCCAGGGAGGAGUCACACCGGAUCAUUAAGCAGCAGGGGCUCGUGGAUGGGCUUUUUCUCCUCCGUGACAGCCAGAGUAAUCCAAAGGCAUUUGUCGGGCUUCCCUGGUGGCGCAGUAGUUGAGAGUCCGCUUGCCGACACAGGGGACACAAGUUCGUGUCCCGGUCCAGGAAGAUCCCACAUGCUGCAGAGUGGCUGGGCCCGUGAGCCAUGGCCGCUGAGCCUGCGCGUCCGGAGCCUGUGGUCUGCAACGGGAGAAGCCACAGCAGUGAGAGGCCCGCGUACUGCAAAAACAAACAAACAAACAAAAAAACACAAAGGCAUUUGUCCUCACAUUGUGUCAUCAUCAGAAAAUUAAAAAUGUCCAGAUCUUACCUUGAGAGGAUGACGGGCAGACCUUCUUCAGGCUUGACGACGGGAACACCAAAUUCUCUGACCUGA